AUGUCCCCCCUUUCCCCCCCCCCUCGCCCUUCUGGAUCGUCGGCGGCCCCGGUUGUUCCCCACAAAUCCCCCCCCCCUCGGAAAUGCCAACUUUCCGCAUUACGCUCGUCGCACUCGCUGCAUCCCCCAAAAUGUAAAAAUUCCUCCCGUGUUUCCUCUAACCCUUUUUUUUUUCCUCAUUUCUACCUCCCUCAUUUAUUUACCCACAUUCACUUUACAUUAUACAGUUGUAGGUAUCUAUUAUUUGGCCCUCCCUCCACCCUCCUCAAUUCGUCAACUCAUCAGAUCAGUUUGCGUCACCUCUAUCUUCCCCUUCUCUUUUCCAAACAGAUAAUGUUCUCCUCAAUCUACAAGAAAUCUCUUAUCCAAUCAACCCAAACUAUGAGAGCCAUGGCAACCCAUUCUCUUCCAAAGAAAUACGGUGGUAAAUAUACAGUCACCUUGAUUCCAGGUGAUGGUAUUGGUAAGGAAAUCACAGACUCUGUCCAACAGAUCUUCCAUCAUGAAAAUGUGCCGGUUGAAUUCGAAACCAUUGAAAUGUCCGGUUUGGAAGGUCACGAAUCCAAAAUUGACGAGGCAAUCUUAUCUUUAAAGAGAAACAAGAUUGGUUUAAAGGGUAUUACACACACCCCAACCGACCCUUUUGUCAAGUCCUUGAACGUUGCCUUCAGAAAAGAAUUGGACAUUUAUGCUUCUCUUGUCUUUAUUAAAAACAUUGAAGGUGUUCCUUCAAAAUUAAAUGAUAUUGAUUUUGUUUUAGUUAGAGAAAACACCGAAGCAGAAUACUCUGGUUUGGAACAUCAAUCUGUUCCAGGUGUUGUUGAGUCCUUAAAGAUCAUCACCAAAUACAAGACCGAAAGGGUUGCUAGAUUUGCAUUCGACUUUGCAAAGAAGAAUGAUAGAAAAUUAGUCACUGCUAUCCAUAAGGCAAACAUCAUGAAGUUGGGUGAUGGUUUGUUCAGAAACACAAUUAAGGAAAUCGGUGUCAAGGAAUACCCAGACAUCCAAGUGAAGGACUUGAUUGUCGAUAACGCGUCCAUGCAAGCUGUUUCUAAGCCUCAACAAUUUGACGUUAUGGUCACUCCAAACAUGUACGGUGCAAUCUUGUCAAACAUUGGUGCAGCUCUAGUUGGUGGCCCUGGUUUUGUUCCAGGCGCUUCUUACGGUAGAGAAUACGCCGUCUUUGAACCAGGUUGUAGACACGUUGGUUUGGACAUCACAGGUAAGAACGUUGCUAACCCAACUGCAAUGAUUUUAUCCGCUGUUAAGAUGUUGGAACACUUGGGUCUUGACGAUUACGCUACAAGAAUCGAACAGGCUACUAAGGACGUCCUUGCAGAAGGUAAGACUGUUACCAUGGAUAUUGGUGGUAACGCAUCCACCACUGAAUUCACCGAGGCUAUCAUUGCUAAACUCAAUUAG